AUGUCGAGCGCGCGCGCGAGUGAUAGCUUUCAUACGAAUAACAGCGCUAUUAAAAAAUCAUCAUCAUCACCUUUGUUGUCAUCAUCCUUUUCCCGAAGACGACGAGAACGAAAAGAUGGAUUAGUGAAAACGUCCGCUUUUUUCGACGAUUUGAAACAGAAAGCCUCGCAAGUGUUGGAGAAAUCCAGGGACGACGACGAAAAAGAAGAAGAAGAACAAGAUGCGUAUCCAGAAGAGUCGACGGAUUACGACGACGAGAACGCGAACCCGUUCAAGACGAUGUUGCAGAAAGGAAUGAAAAAACCAGCCUUCAUCAGUCGAGACGAAGGCGACGAGGAGUACGUGAACUACGACAACACCGUGGACGAGAUGGAAGAGGAGAUGGAAACGAACAACAAAAGGUUUUCAUCCGCGGCGGAGAAUUUGAUUCCAAAGUUUUCCGUCCCGAAGUUUAAAAUACCAGAAAAGAAAGCCAGCGCCGCGACGCAAACGCCGGCGUACGAAGAAGAAGAAGAAAAGGAGGAAGAAUCGACGGAAACCUCGAACCCGUUCGCGAAAAUGCUGAAAAAGUCCAAGUCGGUGCAAAUGACGAAAGCUGCGCAAGGCGAACGAGAUUUUGAUACGGCGAUCAAGGAGAGAGUGUCCUCGAAAGCGGCGGCGGCUUUGAUGGAAGCGACAGAUACGAGCACCGCGAAGUGGACGUUAACGCCAGACUCCUCGACGACGAAGAAACGUUUGGGUAAGAUCAACUUGAAAAACGGUGACGUUUUCAUCAUUGGGAGAGAGAAAGGAAAUGGCGUAGACGUGAGCGUGCCGUUACCGUGCGUCUCUGGCGUCCAUUGCCAACUCGAAAUGGAGAGAAAUAAGUUAUACGUCACGGAUUUGGGAUCCACCAACGGAACGUACGUGGACGGAUUUCAGUUGCGAAAGAACAACCGAUUUCGCAUCUUCAAUCAAUCUGUGGUCAGAUUAGGCGCGGAGAACAGAGACGGGGAAGAUUACGCCAGUUUUGGAACCGAUUUAACCGGCGCAGAUGAAAUGGAGAAGAACUCAGAAUACGGACAGUUGAAUUAUUUCAUCGAAUUUUUGGGAGGUCCGAAGGUGGUCAUCAACUUCAUCUUCAUCAACUUGGCUUUCCAAGGUACUUUCUUCAUUCUUUUAAAGUACUUAUAA